UAAUAAAAAUGGAAGUUGUUGAAAAAAACAGCGAGAAAACCGCCGAAGAAACCAAAAUGCCGGUAGAAGAACACGUUGAUGGCAAUAAUACUAGCGGUGAUAAAAAUGCAACUGAUAACAAAGACGAAGAAAAGAAAGCUGAAGAGAUUAAGUCUGUUGAUGCAUCACCAGAAUUAUUGGAAAAAAUUAAAAAUCAAAUUGAGUUUUACUUCGGCGAUGUCAACCUUCAACGUGACAAAUUCUUAAUCGAACAAAUAAAACUCGACGAAGGAUGGAUUCCAAUGACCAUUAUGUUGCAAUUCAAAUUAUUAGCAGCAAUGAGUAAUGACGUUGAGACUAUAUUGAAAGCCGUUGAGCAGAGCGACUUGAUGGAAAUAUCUGAUAAUAGAAAAAAAAUUCGUCGUCGUGUAGAUAAGCCAUUGCCGCUUUACAAUGAAGAGUAUCGACGAUCCCAAACGGCCAGAACUGUUUACUUAAAAUCAUUCCCACAAGAAGUUAAACUCGAUGAAUUGAAAGAGUUCUUCAAAGAUUUUGGAGUUGUUGAAAACAUUGUUAUGAGAAAAUACAAAGAUGAAAAUCAAAAAUUGCAGUUCAAAGGUUCAAUAUUUGUACAGUUUAAGAAUCUCGAUGAUGCUAAAGCUCUGGUAGCCAAGGAAUCACUAAAAUAUAAAGAUACUGAGCUUAUCAAAAUGAUGAGUGAAGAUUACUCACUUAUGAAAACCAAAGAACGUCAAGAAAGGAAGGGAAAGAAAAAUGAAGCAGAAGAGGAUGAAGAUGAUGAGUCAGAGAAAACUGAUUUACCUAAAGGUGCUGUUUUACAUUUCACAGUUGAAAAGCCUGAAGGUGUUGUAUGGGAAGCAAUUAAACAAUCGUUUUUAGAACAAGAAGCUAAAAUAUCGUUUGUUGAUUACAAAAAUGGCCAAAAAACUGGUUGGAUUCGGUUCCAAGGCGCAAAUUCAGCGAUACCACUUCUUGAAAAAAUGACUGACAAAAAGAUUAAAAUAAGCGAUUCCGAAAUUACAUUCCAACUUUUGGAAGGUGAAGAAGAAGAAGAGUACUUGAAAAAAGUUAGAAAAGAACUGUUUAUUAAGGCUAAGCCUUUCAACAAAUCAAAGAAAAAUCGCAACAACAAGAAAGGAUUCAGAAAAAGUAAAAAGAGAGGCGGUAGUCCAGUACAAGAUGAAGUUGCUUCGAAGAAACAAGCUAAAUAA